AUGAAUGUCAUCGUCAUCGCGCACGUGCUUCUAAUCACGACCGUAAACGCGUUCAAUUACAACGAUUACGACGCAGCGAGCCAGGAUCAUCCGUUCUCCUCAUCGUCAGUGUCGAUGUUCCAUGGUUGGUUCUCCGCGACGAAGAAGCCUUCCGUCGCCGAGGGAACGCAGAAAUUGCUGUCCAGCGACAUUCGGUUAGACCACAUGGAAGACCAAGCCCCUAAGAAAUCCCGAGUUCGCGAUCUGGCUGCUAGGAAGCCCAGAGAAGCGAAACGAUCGGAGAACAGUCGAGCUAUAGGUGACUCGUUCGUCAGGAGGGCGCAAUUUGGCGUGUCAGUGCGAGAGAUCGACAAUGAGGAUCGAUCGAUUCCCAAGAGGAGGGAAUCCUGGACUGAAAAUCGCUGGAACGAUGAGAACUCGCGAAACGCUGUCUCUCGGGUGUCGUUCGUUGGAAACGGAGAUCCGAGAGGGACGUUGAGCUUCCUAGGCGCGAAGAGCUCGUUGGAGGAUAUCGCGGUUGUGGAAGACGGACGCCGAAGAAGAAAAAUCGUCGGGGAUCGCGCGGAUGGGAUAGACACCGGAAGCCACGAUUUGAUGAUAUCGGAUGCGACAAACGCUCCGGUGGAAGGGAACCUUGACGACAGGUAUCCGGAGGAUGUUCGCGAGGAAAAUGACGUGCAAGGGUUUCUGGAUCAAUUGAAGAAACGAAUGGUCAGGGGUGAACUGGAAAAAGUGAUGACCGAUUACAGGCAAGGAAGAAGACGGAAGUUUAACAGCCAAGAACAGGGCACGCUGCUGGUCGAAGCCCUGAGGAAGAAACGAAAUUACACUGGAGAUCAUCGCGGUCACAACAACAAUCUUCAUAACAGCAUCAUGGACAUGCUGGGUAGAAUGAUACCACAGACAUGUUCAUACAAAGGAGCGACGUUUGAUUGCGGUCUUAGCAUCAGUUGCGUUCUCGGUGGCGGUCGUCCAGUCGACCUCUGCUCCGGAGGACUAAUUUGGAGCUGCUGCGUCGACGACGACGACAUCCCUGAAAAGAUACCACGACCCACCGUUGGAUUACUGCAGAACGCCACACUUUCGCUAAACUUGGGAAACCAACAUCCGUAUCUGGACGACGACGUACAAAUCUACGAGAACCCGGCUAGGCCUAGCAAACCGAGCAAUUACGGCGGCCAGAACGAGCACCGGCCAACGUACCUGUUCGCGGACGUUUCGAACAAGCCGACGACCGUUUACGAAUCGUCGCAGACCUGGAAUUACGAACGGCCCUCGUACACGACACGGCCGCCGUUUUACCAUCCGAUACAGCUCGAUUAUCCUCAGGACGAAUACGAGCCUGAUUAUCCUGACGCGCAGGGAAUUCACAAGCCGGUCGAGGAUGUCUCGAACUCCGUGGAUUAUUCCAAAUAUCGUGGUUGCGGUGAACUUUACACGAGAAGUAACAGAAUCGUUGGUGGACACAGCUCCAGUUUUGGCAGUCAUCCAUGGCAGGCCGCCAUAAUCAAGUCGGGAUUCCUUUCGAAGAAGUUGUCGUGCGGUGGUGCGUUGCUGAACAACAGAUGGGUGGUGACUGCGGCUCAUUGCGUGGCAACGACACCAAACAACAAUUUAAAAGUGCGUCUUGGUGAGUGGGACGUGAGGGACGCGGCUGAGCGAUUGUUACACGAAGAAUUUAAUAUCGAAAGGAAAGAGGUUCAUCCGCAGUAUUCCGCGACUGAUUUCCGUAACGACGUGGCGUUGAUAAAGCUAUCGCGAACGGUGUCGUUCAAACAGCAUAUCGUUCCCGUUUGCCUGCCAGCGAAAAAUCUGAAACUUUCUGGCCGAACAGCAACGGUAGCUGGCUGGGGGAGAACCAGACACGGGCAAAGUUCAGCACCGACGGUUCUUCAAGAAGUGGACGUCGAGGUGAUCCCUAACGAAAGAUGCCAAAGAUGGUUCAGAGCGGCCGGAAGACGGGAGACCAUUCACGACGUCUUUCUAUGCGCCGGCUAUAAAGAGGGUGGACGGGAUUCCUGUCAGGGAGACUCUGGGGGUCCUUUGACCAUGUCCGUUGAAGGAAGACACGUGCUAAUCGGUCUCGUGUCCUGGGGCAUAGGAUGUGGUCGUGAGCAUCUGCCAGGCGUCUACACAAAUAUACAGAAAUUCGUGCCUUGGAUCGACAAGGUGAUGAGUUAAGCACUAUCUCAAGGCUAAACUAGAAGAAGAAAAAGAUGGAUGCUAAUGGCAACGUUGACGAAACGGCGAUACAAAACAGUACGCGUAGCUACCAAAGUUUCUCACGACUGAUUUGUUAUACGACUCUGUAAAUCGUAUGCGCGUAAUGCAUUGUUAUUCGUAACAAUUAAUUAUACAUGUAAUUAAUAUUACGUGCAUCGCUGUAUAUAAUAAUAUGACAUUAUUAUAUAUAUAGAACGUUUCGGAACGCCGACUACGUGUAAUAUAAAAACGACAAGAAAGGUAUUAACGACAAUGAUAAUAGCAAUAAUGUUAAUGUAGUUAUCGUAUGUACUUAAGUAGUUGUCGAGAAAUCGUAAUAUCGAGUGAAUGCGAUUGUUCUUGUAUUUGGAUUAAAAGAAAAAAUGAUGGAGUCGUUUAUCUACCGAUUGAGCGCGAGAAGAGUGCUUGAGCUUCGUGCAUAAUGAUACGUUUUGUGGGCGGAGCCAAUUGCACUCUUCUCGCGCAAUUACGAUGCAUAAUCAAUGUUUUCUUGUUAAUUGGACUCGUCGAAGCGGAACUCCUAGUUUCAUCGUUCCAAAACUGACUUUGAAACAGCUUCAUAUCUAUUGCGUUUAUUCGAACGAUUGAUGUAUGCUGCGAUUGAAACUUUCGUACUGAAAAAUUGUCUAUUACUCGAUCACUGAGAUGUUUACAUUCUUUACGCGUCUCUGAACUUAUGGCGGGUCCUGUUCGUUCAGGGACAACUACGCAUAUACAAUUGUAAAAUGGUCUAUAAUUAUUACAAAUUAUAUUUAUAUCGCAUCUGUUUUUGUUUUCGGCCCCGAUACAGUCGUAUAGCUAUACUUGCAUCGAUAACCUAGUAGAAUCAUACUAAGAUCAAGGUAUUUGCCUAAUCGAAGAAAGUUUUCUAACUUAACAGCAGUCGAUUAUUAGGAAUCGUCUCGUGCGAUACACAUAUUUUUGAAAAAUAAAUGAUUAAAAGAGUUAUCGAAGUACGUAACGAGUUAAAUAGUUCGUUUAUUCGGACUAACAAUUAAUGAACCCUGGAGUAAUGUUCUGUCGAUAAGAAAGGGAAUGUAUCGAGAGCGAUGUAUCGAGAGAGCUGACCUUCACAAGGUAUGCAUGAAGCAAUUUCAUUCCGCGGGUAGAUUACUUGCCAGAAACAUGUUGUAGAAAAUCAGCUUCUAGGCGUACACUAUA